AUGAAGGAGGAGCAAGCGCCCCCCAUCCCCUCCUUCACCCGCCAAAUCACCCCCCAGAACCCUCAACCUCGCCCCCUCUUCCCCGUCAACACCAUCACCCCCAGUCCCCCCCGCGCCCCCCAGCUGCCCCUCAGAAGCCCCCACGCCCCCCAGUCACCGCCCCCCUUCCCCAUCCCUCCCCAGCUGCACCCCAUCACCCCAGCCCCCCAGCACCCCCCUAGCACCCCCGCCGCCGAGCAAGAGAGUCCAGCCCCGCACCCCAAGAGGAAGGCCCCCAGAAGCCGCCCCCACGAUGUCCAGGAAGAGCCGCCCCCCCAGUGGUCCGCCCCCCAGUGGUUCGCCCCCCAGUGGUUCACCCCCCAGUGCCCUCCCCCGCCCCCCCCGACGUGUCAAGUCACCAGCGUGUAG